GGUACGUUAUUAGCCUUCUGCCUUGGAGGUUGGACGCGACUGUGUGGGUUACGAUCUGCAACAAUUGUGGGUGCCUGCAAUCCGGCGUUGGCUGCAAGAUCCUUGAAAAGCAGAUGCUGAGUACCCGAGGGCCGAGGACUUGAUGAUUCGUUCGAUGAUUACCGCAAGAUGAAGAUCAAGGAGAAGCUGGAUGCCAUACGCGACAGCGGCGUCAAAUUGGACAAGCGGCCCUCAGUCAACAGACGUGGCGCUGAAUCUGAUGCACGGUGCCAAGUCGUCUAACAUCAAGAAGAGGAAGACGACUCAUGGGCUGCUGGAGGACAACCGCUUCAAGGCGAUGUUCAAGAACCCCGACUUCACGAUGGAUCACGAGUCGGACACGUUCAGGCUGCUGAAACCGGUGCUCAGCUCGCUGGAGGAGCAGCGGGCCGCCAAGGCCGAGCGCGGACAGCGGCUGGCCGAGGAGUGCCGCCUCCAGGAGGAACUCGAGCUCGAGGGGCGGCCCAGCUCCGAGGACAGCUCCGACGGCGAGGAAUACGUCACCGAGCUCCAGCGGAGCCAGCAGCAGCGUCAGCUCGAGCGGCGCCAACGGCCCGCCGAGCUGGUGGCCAACCCGGCUGCGCUGCCGGUGCGCGUGCUGCAGGGAACCAUGACGUUCGCCCCGGCUGGUAAGAAGCGCGACUCGCGGCGGCGCGAGAAGGCGCUGCGCCACCAGGCCGAGCGGCGCAAAAUCCGCCGGUCGGCCAGCUCACUAGGCAAAACCGCCGUCGUGUUAAAAAAUACGUAA